AUGACGCAAGAGACCAGAACGAGUUUGCCGCCCACCUCUUACGAGCGCAGCGCAUCGCACAAGGACGCCACUAACGGAAUUCAAACGGUAAAGGCAGGGUCACGAAAUUUGUCUGGCGAGUGUGGGGUGGAAAGUGAGGGGCCAAUCCUGGUGACCUAUGUGAGAUUAGCUCCUAUACCAAGACCCGUGAGAGGGUCAACU